CGCGUCCAGUGAUUUGGUGUCAGUGCAGUUCUCGUGCGCUCAGGAGUUAGACAGAGACGCAGCACCACAGGAAAAACAGCCGAAUUUACUCCCGAAGACCAGCAUCGCUCUUCAAUUAGUGUCUUGAGUGCUAAUGAGGUUCUUAACGCAGCAUCCAAACUUGUUAAUGAAAUAGCGCCGUUUCGUGACACUGGUUUUGCGCAACUGUUUCCCUCGAUCCGGCGCCAGAUUUGCUGGGGAAUAAAAGAUGAUUCUCGACGUGCUCUGUUCCUAUGAAAUGAUUUGGAUUGCGUCUCGCAUUUUUGGAGGAAAUCAGCACUGAACGCAGUACGACGUUUUCUGGACAACUUUGGUGCCAGUGGACACGGGCAGUCGCGAAAGUCUUUUACUGCCUCGAGAUUGUUGGCUCUAAGCAGAAUGGACCUCAUCGGGCUCUACUUGUUCCAGCUGGCAAUUUUUGAAGUGGAAGCGGUGAAAGAGGAAGGAAUAAGAGCUUCAGGGGUGCCGCGGCUGGUGUCCGGGGGCCGGUGGGACUGUCUGACUGCGGGGGAUUCGUGCUCCAGCGACGAGGCGUGCAGCCCGCGCUUGAGAACGCUGCGACAGUGUGUCGCAGGCGGUGGAAGCGUGAAGCUGGGUCCGGGGGCGCGCAACCACUGCGAGAACGCCGUGACGGCCCUGCUGUCCAGCCCCCUGCACCGAUGCCAGUGCAAACGGGGUAUGAAGAGAGAGAAAAACUGUCUUAGCAUCUACUGGAGCCUGAAGCAGUCCGUGCUGCACGGGCUGAGCCUGGUGGAGAAUUACCCCUAUGAGCCUGUCGAGCGGGGCUUUGAUUAUGUUCGCCUGGCCUCCAUCGCUGCAGAGUCUGAGGUGGGCAUGACAACAGUGAACCGUUGUUUGGAUGCCGCUAAGGCCUGUAAUGUCGAUGAGACAUGUCAGAAACUACGCACAGAGUACGUGUCGGCGUGCAUCGCCCCAUCAGCGAGAGCCGGCCCCUGCAACCGAGCGCGCUGCAACAAAGCACUGAGAAAGUUCUUCGACCGUGUGCCGCCCGACUACACGCACGAGCUGCUCUUCUGUCCGUGCUCCGACACGGCAUGUGCAGAGCGACGGCGCCAGACCAUUGUGCCUGCGUGCUCAUAUGAAGAAAGGGAAAAACCCAAUUGCCUGGCACAACUUCGAGUUUGUGAGGCCGACUAUGUGUGCAAGUCUCGCUGGGCUCAGUUCCAGCAUGACUGCCAACCCUCCGAGCUUACUACCAGCGGCUGCCAGCAAGAAAAUUACGGAGCCUGCCUUGUUGCGUACACCGGCCUGAUAGGUAGCAUUAUCACUCCAAACUACCUAGAUAACUCUACAUCCAAUGUGGGGCCGUGGUGCUCUUGUGCAGCUAGUGGGAAUUUGCGAGAUCAGUGCAACCACUUCCUCAGCCAUUUCCAUGACAACAAUUGCUUGAAGAAUGCCAUCCUGGCUUUCGGGAAUGACACAGACCUGAAAUCUGCGACCAACCAAGCUCCGGGCUCCAACACGUACAACCAGAUCUUAGUUACCAGCACCGAAACCACCACUACCACCAUUGGUUCUGGCAUGGAGACCGAGCAGAACAUCCUGCGUCCACAGAUGCCCACACAGAUGAACGAGAGAGACAGACUGUGGGGCGAUUCCACGCUCCCAUCCCCUGAUCUCUAUGAUGCCAGUCCUGCAGCAGCCCACCUGGCCAUCCUAAUGUGGCUCCUCCCCUUCCUGCUGCUUGCUCUCCAACUUUAAAAACCAAGCAACCAAUCAAAACACCACAGAACUGGGACAGUGUGCGUGUGUUCAUGAGUUUUGACUUCCGCAUCACAAUAACUCGUUCGGAGAGGACGCAAGAACCGCAAAACUCUCUAAAUAUAUGAAACCCUGCUCCAUUCCUCAAUGCAACAUAGUGAUUCAUUGUCUGGGUGUUCACAAUGACUGAUUUCAAGGGUUUAAAUAAUUGUGUGUGUCUUUCUCUCUCUUAAUUUGAACUGAAGAUGGUGCCCGUGUAAGAUAAAACCCCCUCUCUUCAAAGCGAUCGGCUGAAAGGUAGUCAGCGGGAGUCAUGCCUACUCUACAAAUUUCACACACACAAAAAAAGAAAAGAAAAAAAAACCUAAAUUUCUACUUGUUCAUCAUUCAUAAUUUAAUAUAUAUUUUCCCCAGCUCUUCGAAUGGACGGUGUUGGUGCGUGUGCUGUAUAUUCACCCGGAUAAAAGUGUGUUGUGUGAUGUUUGCUUGAAGAAGCACAAGAACAAGUGGUAAGAGAAAGGAAACUGAGGUAAUGCACUAAAAGUGUCUGCGAUGAAAGUGGGUUCUACAGUGGGUUACAGAGACGGUCUUUAUUUUUGUAAUGUGGCUGUAUUGUUUAGAUGUACAUCCCACAGGUUGUUUCUCCCAGCAGUCUUGGAGUGGAAAAUGGCACAGAUAUGAAGAACAGAAGAGUUAAAUGAUCUUGAUGAAUGCACUGAGCAGUUCUUGUAUACUUCAC